AUGACUAAAUGUGUGUUUGGUAAAACUGAGGUAGAAUAUCUGGGACAUUUGGUAUCAGCUAAGGGCGUCUCUGCUGAACCAACAAAGUUACAAGCUAUAAAUUCCUGGCCAGAACCAACUAACAUCAAAGAGCUGAGGGGAUUUUUGGGAAUCACUGGUUAUUAUAGGAGGUUCAUCUGGAAUUACAGUAAGAUCUGCUCCCCACUUCAUGGUUUGCUUAAUAAAGAUUCCUUUGUGUGGACCCCUGCGGCCACUACAGCUUUCCUCCAACUCAAAGCUGCUAUGACUACAACACCAGUACUUGCUCUGCCCAACUAUAGUAAGGAUUUUGUUGUUGAAUCUGAUGCUUGUGGAACAGGAUUGGGUGCUGUCCUCAUGCAGGAUGGGCGCCCCAUAGCUUAUUGA